AUACUAAUUUGUUAACAUUUUGGGAUAAUAGAACCAACAAAGUUCAUCAGAUACAAACAAAAAUAGUAAUUGUGUGGGUGGCCGUGGUCAAAAUAAGAUUUAUAAACAGAAAUCUUAACGAUCCCAAGUCAGUAUGGGCUAUAUAAAACGUUCAGCUUCUGUUCUCCUGGUUUUCCCUGGUUUAUAUGCUGUAUUUAUCAGAUAAUACACACACACACACAUUAAAUGAGUCACAUUGCGUUUUUCAGGUCACGUGCCAGCUGUGUUCAGGUCCAUGCCAAUGUCCUUUGUCCCCCCUUACAUGUCCCCUUGGGGUUCCUCUGGUCUUGGAUGGGUGUCGCUGCUGUCAGAUCUGUGCAGGACAAGAAGGUGAACUUUGCUCUGAAAAAGACAUGUGUGAUGCUCAGCGUGGUUUGGAGUGUGACUACAGCGCCAGUUUCCCAGACGGACCCGGAGAGUGUGUCCACAACAACAGAAUGCUUACAAAGCUUACGAAGCUGAGACGUUCUUCUCAUCACUGUAGCUGCUCCAGUGUGGAGAACAUGGCCGAUUGUGUGCAGCACGCUCAGGGGAGGAGCUAUGCUAAUAGGGCAGAGUCCUGGGGCAGGGCUUGUUCCAACUGCAGGCAGCUGUGCCGCUGUGUGGGUGGCGGCGUCACGUGCGUCCCUCUCUGCACCGAGGAUCUGAAUACGCCAAACUGCCAACACCCAAGAUUGGUGCACGUGCCGGGGCGCUGCUGCCGAAAGUGGGUGUGUGACAGCAAGGAAAACAGCAUUGUUCCGGAAAACACCGCAGGUAUUCAAACACAUGAGAUACUUUUGUUUAAAGAUAUUUACAUCUUUGCUGUCAUGGUAGCUGAGCGAGCCAUGAGGUCCUGGCAGGACACUUCGGCGCCGAGCAGGAUCUCCUGGACCAACUGCAUCGAGCAGAGCACCGAGUGGAGUGUGUGUUCACGCAGCUGUGGUCCAGGUGUGUCCACACGUGUCUCAAACAGGAACUUGCCCUGCCAACCAGAAACACGCAUGCGCCUGUGCGUGGUCAGACCGUGUCACCCUGGACCAACCGCCAGAGCCCAGCCGAAGCCGGGUGUGUGUCAGAGCAGUUAUCGCUCGCCUGUGCUAGUGCACUUCGAGCAUCAGGGCUGCUACAGCGCUCGCUCCUACAGGCCACUGUUCUGUGGAAUGUGUUCUGACGGACGCUGCUGCAGCCCUGACCACACCAGGACCGCACUCGUGACCUUCCGCUGCCGGAAGGUCACGAGGACGACUCGCUCAGCACGCCGUCAUGAUGAUCGAGUCGUGCGUCUGCCAUUACGACUGCCCUCAUCCGAACAGCUCCAGAAGAACAAGAUUGUGGCUGUAGACUUUAACACUCUCAUCUUUCGGGACCAGCUGAAACUUUGGCAACCUUUUGCUUUCACGCUCGGGGAUCAGGCUGUGUUUGACAUGGAGCUUCCUGGGAAUCAACACUGCAUCAAAGUCUUCAGCCACCUGGUGGAGCCUGAGGAUCUUCUCCUGGAUCACAGCUUCUCUGAGCAUGAGGGAUGCGGCACCUUUUUGAGCCAAUAUGUCCUCCAGUUCCUCUCGACCCCUGGUAACGGCACAAAAGCCGAUCCCGACCUGGACUCCCCACCGCGACGCCCACAGCCAGUAAGGAGAAAGGAACCUGCCGUUUCAGAGGCACCUCUUCACGAUGAAGCAGCCCGGCCUACACCACUCUAUCCGAACCUGUCAAAACUGAGCCACCAACCCCCACCAAACUGUACGCCAGCCAUCCUUUCUUCACCGGUGGCGUUACACACGAGAUCCCAAGUGAAGGGACCAACAACAUUGCUGCCUGAGGGCUUCAGACCAACAAAAUCGGACAGAGAAGGGACAGUGCACACUGUGUGGGAUGAUGGAGUCAACGCAAGGUACAGAGCACAAAUCGCAGCGCUCCAACAGAGGCUGACGAACACCUUUUCUGUGCGAAUGGACAUGACAAAAAUAGCAAAGUGCAAGCAGCAAGAUUCAGAGACUGUAUCACAGUACCUGUCCAGGCUCACUGAGAUCCAUGACGCAAACUCAGGCUUGGAGAAACCCAACGCUCUGGCAGAUGGGCAGAUCACCUGGGACACGGGAAGCCUCACACAAGUGGAAAGGUAUGCAAUCCACACGGAGAAGCUCCUACGAGAGGCAAAGGAAAGAAAGAUGGAGAGGAGAAGAAAACCAAAAGGACAUGGACGAGGAAGGCCAGGUGGCAACCCCCAUAGAUACAACUUCACAUGUUUUAUCAGUGGAAAAGUUGGACAUGUUGAAAGAGACUGUCCAGAGCAGAAGCCGACUGACGGGAAGAGGAAGGGAAGAGUGAGGCACCUGGGAACAGAAGAGAAGCCGGGUGUGUGUCAGAGCAGUUAUCGCUCGCCUGUGCUAGUGCACUUCGAGCAUCAGGGCUGCUACAGCGCUCGCUCCUACAGGCCGCUGUUCUGUGGAAUGUGUUCUGACGGACGCUGCUGCAGCCCUGACCACACCAGGACCGCACUCGUGACCUUCCGCUGCCCGCGAAAACGAUUCGCUCAGCACGCCGUCAUGAUGAUCGAGUCGUACGUCUGCUAUUACGACUGCCCUCAUCCGAACAGCUCCAGAAGAACAAGAUUGUGGCUGAGCAGAUGUGGACGCAGAAGUUAUGAACGGGAAGUUUAAUUUAAAAAGAAAAAUGUAUUCUAUCAAUCAGCCAUGUUCGGUUUCUGACAUUUCGCACUAAACAUGUCUCGGGUAAAGGAGACAUCGUGUGUAUUUGAUUUUUUUUGUUGCUAAAUUAUUCCUUCAAAAAAAGAAAAACAUUUCAAAUUAAUAAUACAGAUACAACGUUGUUUAUUCGGCCUCCUCAGCGCCCCCUUUGUCUAAUUUAAGGUACUGCUGCUUUAAACGCUUGGGUGUAAAAAUACCUUUUUUUUUUUUUAAAUAGCUUCUUUCCUCCUCUAAGGAAGCGCCACAGGAAGAAAGGGAAUCGUGCUGGUGUUCCCGUGAGAAUCAGACGGACUAUUGCUUCCUCCAUGCAAUCGAUGGAGUUUGCGUUGGUUACUAUAAACUUGGAGGGAUUCCACUUGACACGACACUCGUGGGAUUACAGAUAUGUUUUUCAUCUGCUUAUUUUCCCGGACUGCCUACACACAUCUAAUUGCUCUGUUCCUCCAUGAUUACGGAUUCAUCAGAGAAGAGUGAACUGUUUAAAUCUCCGCCAACUGGAAUUCAUUUCACCGGAUCCAUGGCUCUACAGUAACAAUUUCUUUUAGGAGCACAGUCAAAAAUUUAGGAGCACGGUUGAAGUUUAGUUUGUUUGUUUUUUUGUUUUAUAGAUUUGGUAACGUUAAUGUGCCACAAUAUAAAUGGUAAAUGGUACCAACAUUAGAAUCAGUUCUAACGCUACUCCACAAAAACAAGUACUGUCACGUUUUAAGAAUGUUGGUACCGAAGUAUCGGUUCUCGUGACAUCCCUAGUGGCUAUACAUUUCACUUUAUUUAGUUUACCAUAAUUCUGGUUCUGCUUAGGUGUUGUUAACUACCUCUAUUGCAUGUGAUGGUGUCAGUGGGCCUGGGUGUUGGCCACCACACCACGGUGUCUGUAAUAUUUUUGUUUACUGUAUUUGUGUAAUUUUGGGUUAACCGGUGUUUUUCUUUCUCUCCAGGAGCCAGUGAGUUUUGGUGGGACAGGGGAGGCUAGCCGCAUUUAUUCGGUGGUGUGCUUCACAGUGUGCUCAGUGUGCCAACACAACAACUUCCUUGUGGUGUAGGUAGUGUUUGAUUUUGGUGUGACUUGAGGUGGGUUUGGAUGACCUCCCGAGCUGUAGCUGGCCUGCCUUGUUCCCGCCAAGCCUGGGCCUAGAGAAGUGCUUAGUUUUAAAAUCCUUAUUGUGCUUCAUGGAAGAGCGAUUUUAUAUUUAUAUGUUAAGUUUUAAUGAUGCUUAAGUGUCAUAAUAAAAUAUCUUUUUAUAUAUAUAUAUUCAUACACGUGUCUCAUUCUCAUGUUCCUUGCCCCGAUUGGUAAAACUUAUGUGUGCCUUUAUUUGGGAGUAUUUCCCUGGUUCUCCCCCAGGGUGGCAGAGUUGGAUUUACUAAAUUUGGAUUAACGUUUCCCUCCACAUGGGAAUGCCACAUAUGAAUAUGACUUUAUUGGUUUUUUUAGUCUAUUUGAUUCUACCCUAGAAUAUUUCAUUUUUUAUUUUAUUUUACAAAAUGAAUUGUUUUUCUAGUUUUAUUUUCUCUCUAUAAUGACCAACCUCUUAUUGAUUACAUGCUGUAAGACCACUAAUAGGGCUUUUUUUUUUCUUUUUUUUUUUAAGAUGCUAAAGUGCAUUAUGGAAGAAAAAUCUAGUCUACUGACUGCUAUAAUGGUAUUAAUACUAAACAUGAAUAUUAAUUCAUACCGAGUAGAAUGUUAUGUCCUGUAGAUCUGAACAACUUGAAAUUUUGGCAUUAGACUCAUUAAAACCUUAAAUGACUGCGUUAAUAUGAUAUCCACUAGAUGGCAGUGGAAGACAAUUAUUCUGAAAUGGUUUUCACUGAAACGCUCAAAAGGCACUUCGUAGAAAGACAAGAGGCGGAAAAUGACACGAUGUUCAUGAAAACUAUGCAUUAAAUCACAUUUUUUCAGUGAUUUACAGAAUGGAUUAGUAGCUAAAUGAAAUAAAAUAACAGGCAUCCAGCCAGCUGUGUGAAACGACGGGGGUUUAAUUAGGCCCAGCGCCGCUAUUGGCUGGUGAGAGGCUAUCACGUGACUGCUCCAACGCCUCGUGAGUGAAACACGUGACUGGUCAGGGGUUUAAGCAGCGGUUUGUUUCUCUGAAGGCUUGUAGCGGUGACGUCAUUACUUCCAUAAGGAAGUUCUUCACUUCUCCAGUGUCUACUGCUGGAGAUAUUUGUGAAAAUGCUUUUUUUUUUGUGUCAGGUAAGUGCUGAAAAAAUGAAAGGGCGAGUAUUUUCCUAGUGGUAUUUUCCCCUCAAAAAUAUGCAGUUGUGUAUGCUAAUCCAAUUUGAAGAUUGUGAGAAACCAUGGACUCCAUCUGUAAUAACUGUAAGACUUGUAACAUCUGUAGCACCAAUAAUACCUGUAAAACCUCAAACUCCAGCAACAACUGUAACAGCUGCAGUAAGUGUAACAGCUGGGGCAGUGGUGGCUCAGUGGUUAAAGGCUCUGGGUUGCUGAUCCAAAGGUCAGGAGUUCAAGCCCCAACACUGCCAAGGUACCACUGUUGGGCCCUUGGGCAAGGCCCUUAACACUCAACUGCUCAGUUGUGUAAUUAAGAUAAAUGUAAGUUGCUCUGG